UUCCUUUUCUUCGUCUCAUUCUUCUUCUUCUUCUUCUUUUUCUUCUUCCUCUAAUUUUCUUCCUUUUACUUGUUCUGGUUUUAAUUGCUGUUCAUGUUCUUGUUCUUGCUCUUGUUCUUCACUCCAGCCUGCAAUAUAUUAUUCUGCCAUUCAUGGGUUGAUAUUCCAUUAGACAUUUUCUCCGACGUGAAGGUGACGGUGAUGGUGUGAAGCUUGCCGAGCACCACCGACACUGUUCUCUGGCCGCAGACUGGGUCAUCAUCGGCAUCAUCAUCAUCAUCAUCAACGUUAUCAUCAUUUUCAGAGACAACCCUGUGAGGAGGUCGACUGGGCAAGGUGUCACAUGUCCCCAAAGCCGGAGUUGGCACACACGGACUAUGCAGGUUGUUGGCCUCGAUUCAGUCUCACGGAUUUGACACAAGUCUUUCCCGCGAUUCCAGUAACCACAUGAGUCAUUUCCCUUCAUGAUCAGCCAAAUGAACGCUUCUAAUCUUUCUGUAGAUGUAAUUUAUCUUGGCUCGCCAGUCACGCGUUGUUUGUCAGCGCUGCGCCUCUGUUUCCGAGGUCAUCGUGCUGCCACCUUUGUAGAGAGGGAGAGGUACUAUAGUUUUAUAGUGUCAUCAUGUCCACAGUUGGUUUUGAAUAAAGUGAAACGAUGUUCCAAUGAUUAAACUUUUAUUUUGAAUGAGUGUUAAAUACGUGCCAGUACGCUGCACUGAGUAAAGCAAGCAAGUUGUCCUAAAACGACUGAUCACGAAAACAUGACAGCCAGAGAAGCCUCGUAACUGAGUGUCUUCCGCAGUCCUCCUUAUCACCGGAAAUGAAAUCCAGAAAGAAAUGUAUAUAUACAUAUAUCUUCCGAGUCGCUCCCUGAAGGCAGUCGCCACCCAGAGCCACAACGAUGGGGAUGCUGCGACCCGUGCUGCUGACGGGGUCUGUGCUGGUGCUGCUGGUGCUUCUGCCAGCCCCGCCCCAGGCCGAGGCCGCCGCAACGAGUGAAAUCGUCAAUGAUCCAGACCACCCCAACACGUGCUUUAUCAAGGAAGUUGGCAUACGCGUGGAGGAGGGGCACAGCUUCCAGCUGCCGGGCUGCGCGGAGGUGUCCUGCGUGAAGGUUCCGGGAGUGGGCACGGCCAUUACCUAUGUCUCGUGCGGUGUCAUCGCGCCGCCGCCUGGUUGCAGCGUCCUCCAGGACAUGUCGCAGCCGUACCCGCAGUGCUGCGAGAAGGUGGUCUGCAACUAGCGGUGGCCGCCCCCGAUAGAGCCCGCUACCUGUGACGCUCUUACCGAACACCAUCGUGCCUGACCUGACCUGACCCAACUCAGACCUGACCUUCUACCUGACCGAAUUUUUGUCUUUUUUUGUUGCUAAAGAUGAUUAAUCGUUGUAAAUAGCAUGUCUUUUUUUUAAUACCAGACGCUUUCAAACCAUAAAACAGCAAUACCA